UUCGGCCCUGGGAGGUGCAGCCGCCGCCCUCUCGCCGCCGGCAGCCCAGCGCCUUCCCUUCCCUGCUGCCUGAGGGGCGACAACAGUAAUGAACCUCAACUUCACCUCUCCCGUGCACCCCGUCUCGGCGCCCAGGCCCACCUCCUUCUUCAUCGAGGACAUCCUGCUGCACAAGCCCAAGCCCUUGCGGGAGGUGCCUGCCGAGCACUUCCCGGGCUCCCUGGCCUCCCGUGUCCCCCUCUUGGACUAUGGGUACCCCCUGAUGCCAGCCCCGACCCUCCUGGCGCCUCACCCGCAUCCUGCCCUGCAUAAGCCGGAACAUCACCACCACCACCCCUACUUCCUCACCACCUCGGGAGUGCCGGUGCCGGCCCUGUUCCAGCACCACGCUCACGCCGAGCUUCCCGGGAAGCACUGCCGCCGCCGCAAAGCCCGCACCGUCUUCUCGGACUCGCAGCUCUCCGGCCUGGAGAAGAGGUUUGAGAUCCAGCGCUACCUGUCCACACCCGAACGGGUGGAACUGGCCACGGCCCUCAGCCUCUCCGAGACGCAGGUUAAAACCUGGUUCCAGAACCGGCGGAUGAAGCACAAAAAACAGCUGCGAAAAACGCAGGACGACCCUAAGCAGCCGGGCGCCGAGGAGAGCCGGGAGCUGAGCUCCCCUGAACCCGACCUGUCCGAGGCAGCCGGCGCCGAGCCCCGCAAGGGCCCCCCCGGCCCUUUCCUCCUGCAGGACCCCGAGGACGAGGUGGACAUCCUGGAGGAGGGAGACCUCUGCACCGGCCCCCACCGCCUCUAGCCGGCCGGGGCUCACCUGUCUCUUCGGGGCGGCUCUGCUUCAGCCCCAGUCCCGCAAGCCGCUCCUUAUCCCCCAGCUUCCAGUCGUGCCGGAGCCCCGAGGGAAGAGGGUCGCGUUUUGGAAGGAGGUGUUGAUGCAAGGGGGAGCCCAUUCCCCGACGGGCAGGCCCAGGGAGAAGGCAGCGGAGCGGUGCGGGGGCACCACGGUACCCACGGCAUCAUCCCCGAGCUUGGCCCGAUGUGACAGAGCGAAACAAGGCAAGUUUCCCCUCCCUUCCGUUCCGUUCGAAAUCUCGGACUUCUCCCGAUCCCCGAGCUUUCCAAUAAAGGUACAACCGUGGCAGCUUGCUGUGGUCACUGAGCGGCAGUGGAGAUGCCUCGGCCUGACCCCGCCAAACCCGCAGAGCAUCCCUGAGCUGGACUGAUGCUCGCCACAUCCUCCGCGGGGAGGUAGGUUGGGGUUUCAUCCCGGGCAGAGCUUCCAGGACACCCAUAUACUAAAAAAAACCAACCGAACACCCCAACAACGGAAAGAACAAACCCAAAGAAUCUUACAAACGCACUCGGAAGAAACAGGUGAGACCAAACCAGGCAUGUAUUUAAUUCCGAGAUGGGGAAGGGGGAGCAGCAGGAAUCUCUUGAUCCAGUUAGGACUUUCAAAAGCGAUUUUCUCCAGCUCGGAGCAUCACCUGCAUGGGCAAACUGAUUCCUUCACGGCUUCCAGUCGUGAAGCACCUUCGGGUUAAUUUUCCUCUCAAAGAGCCGCAGAGCUGAUCCCACCUUUGGCUCCUGUUUCCCCUCUGCUUCUGCCCCAACCUCUGAGCUCCGUACUGCAGUCAGAGCAGUCAUGCUCCGUGUUCGCUUUUCCUUUCUCUUUCUGCCAGGGAAAUGGUUUCAUUUCCAGGUUAACGAUGAUGUUUUAAAUUAUUAUUAUUUGUUUGCUUUGGGUUUUAACUUAUUAUUUAUUUGUUUGCUUUGGUUUUGUUCUGCCGUGAGCUGCUGGCUGACAAAUGCGCUGGGAGCGCAGCGGAGACUUCGCAUCUCCAGGGGAGGGCUGCAGCUUUCCUCGGUAAAAAUCAGUAGCAAAGGCUGGGUUGGCUCAGACGGUGGCUGCGCAGCCCCGCUGGCAUAUCCGUGCCUCCUUGGGUUAUUUAUUCUUUCCUCUCGUUUUGAUUUUCGCUUUGCCUUUGUUUUUUAACGGGAAGUAAAUUUGGUUGUCGGCUAUCGCUAGACUUUCAGGGCAUUUUUUCACUACGGGACAAGCAGGAAACGUGUCCCCGUUCGGUAUAUCGAAUUCAGAUGAUUGGAAUGUGAAUGUGUGUUUCGGUUUCGUGGGGUUUCCUUUUUUUCCUUUCGGGUUUUCCGUUCGGUUUUGGUUCUUUGGUUGGUUGUGGUGUGUUUUUUUUUUUUUUCGUUGUUAUUUUGGUUUUGUUUGGUUUGAGUUUGGGGUUUAUUCUUUUUUUAACACGUAAAACAAUAAAGGUCAGACAUUAGGAGAGGAAAGACAUCCAAUGCCCAACCACUUGUCCAGAAAUGAUUCGUUAUCUUUUACCUGAUGGAUAAAAAUACUUUCGGGACAAGUAUUUUCAUCAAUAAAUUCUACGAAAAUGCCACCCGCCCCCCUAAAAAAAUUAAUCAUUCAUUAAGAAGAGAAACCAAACCAAUUUCCUCCUAAAGCCUCGGUGUGGUUCGCAGAUCAUUUGGAGAGCCAAGCGCAGGGUACAGCAGGUUGUUUUCCAUUGCCAUGGUGCUGGCUGGAAAUGCUUCUUUCGGCUCCGUGGCUCUUCCCUUCUCUCCACACCUACCCGGCUGUAGGCAGGGAGGUGAUGGAAAUCAUCUCAAUAAGCUUUGGACUCGAUGCUGUUGUAGAUCCCUAUUCAGUCGCCCACCACGUAUUUCGUUUGUUUUUCUCUGUACUGAUUGUCAGCCUCCCCCUGAGCGCUCAUUUCAUUAGGAACUAUUAAAAGUGAUAUAAAAGAGAAGCUCUACUGUGAUA